AUGAGGCCAGCAUUAUCGACUUUGACGGCGGGUUUGAGCUUGGCGACCGCAGUCAAUGCUAUUGAUGUGACAUGGACUGAUAAUGAGUCGAUCAAGAGUGCGGCAAGCACAAUCGCAUAUGGAUUGGUAAAAUACUACACCGGAAACAACACUGGUGAUACGCCAGGAAACUUACCAGAUCCUUACUACUGGUGGGAGGCCGGUGCCAUGUUCGGUUCGCUCAUUGAUUAUUGGUGGCUCACCGGAGACGACUCAUACAACACGAUCACGACGCAAGCGAUGCUGCACCAAGUCGGCGAUGAUAACGACUACAUGCCCGAGAACCAAACACUGACAGAAGGAAACGACGACCAAGGCUUCUGGGCGAUGGCCGCCAUGCAGGCUGCAGAGUACAAAUAUCCUAACCCUCCAUCGGAUCAACCGCAAUGGCUCGCCCUGGUCCAAGCAGUCUUCAACGAAUACGUCUCCCGCUGGGACACACAACACUGCGGCGGCGGUGUACGAUGGCAGAUCUUCACGUGGAACGCCGGUUACGACUACAAGAACUCGAUCUCGAAUGGAUGUUUUUUCAACGUCGCCGCACGCCUCGCUCGAUACACCGGUAACACCACUUAUUCGGAUUGGGCGGCAAAGGUCUGGGACUGGCAAACGAACGUCGGCCUUCUCACGAGCGAUCACCAAGUCUUGGACGGAGUGCAUUUCGAGGGCUCGUGUCCCAGUUCUACGGAUAAGACGACGUGGUCAUACAACGCCGGUAUCUUCCUUUACGGAGCGGCGGUUAUGUACAACAUCACCGAAGACGACGUAUGGAAGACGCGCGUGGACGGAAUGCUCGAAGACGUCACCUCGAAAUUCGUCCAGAACGAGAUCAUCUACGAAUCAUACUGCGAACCGACGGCCCAAUGCGACCAGAACGCCCAAAGUUUCAAGGGGUAUCUUGCUCGAUGGCUAGCCGGUACAUCACAAGUAGCCACGCACACGGCCGACACGAUCCAAAAGUUGCUGCUGUCUAGCGGGAAGAAGGCAGCGGCAGCCUGCUCGGGGUCUCCUGCUUCGGGCUUCAAAGGUCAAGCAGGCACAGCCUGCGGCUUCUCCUGGAUCAACGACGGCUUCGACGGGCUGGUCGGUGUUGGCCCGCAAAUGACCUCAUUGCAGAUGGUCAUGUACAACCUCGUCCCGUCGGCGGAUCCGCCUGUGACGGCGAAUACCGGAGGAAACUCGACGGGAGAUGUUAAUGGAGGCAAGAGCGACGGUGGAGAUGGGACUGGAAAGUCUACUCUACGAGAGAUUACCACGGCAGAUAAGGCUGGAGCUGCCAUCUUGACUAUUCUGGUCACGGGUAGUGUUGUUGGUGGAACAGUUUUCAUGGUCAUGUAG